CGCUCCAGACAUAUCGAGUGCAAUCGCUUCCCUAGAGUCGUAGUCAUUAAAUCCAGAGGUCGCAGCGGACGCGGGACUCUGCAGAGAAAGCAGCGGAUGCUACUAACAACUUCAUGUUGAGGCUGUAAUUUUACAUUGCCCGCGUGCGCGACCACCCAAAACCCCGCCCGAAUUCAUCCUCCGACGAGCCGUCAGAGUAGCCGUCAGUAGCGCCGAGUUACAACCGCCAGCGGCUAGUAGCGGUUUCGUCGUGCCAGGCUCUGCCAGCGCACUCGCUGGCAGCAGCAUGAUGCGCCGCUCCAGCCUCACCUGGGCUGCGACGGUGGCGCCGCUUAGCCUGGCACGGGUGCGGCGCUGCGCGUUGGCUCUCGCAUGCCUCCUCGCCGUCUUCGCCGUCACGCCCGUCGCCAUGGUCAACGCCCAGCUGCUCAAGGCAUCGCAAGUGCGAUUUCUGCAGGACUGCCAGAGGGGUUGGAAGCAGACCUUGCCUGGGUGGAAUGGCUCCAAGCCCAACUGUGGCACUGCUUUCGGCAUUGAAUGCGACAGCAGCGGGAUGAUUGUAUCCAUUUCUCUUCAAACCCAGUCGCUCAAUGGUUCCAUCCCUGCUGCAAUCAGCAAUCUUGCAAACUUGAGAAAUCUAAGUAUAAGUACCUCAAACCUCACUGGCUCAAUCCCUAAAGAGAUUGGCAAUUUAAAAAACCUGCAAGUUUUAAGUAUAAGUACCUCUAUGCUCACUGGCUCAAUCCCCACAGAAAUUGGCAAUCUUAAAAACCUGCAAGUUCUGUCUCUUGAAGAGAAUCAGCUCAGAGGCCCAAUCCCCAUUGAAAUUGGCGAUCUUGUGAAGCUGAACCGCCUGUGUCUUCAGUACAAUAGGCUCAGUGGCCCAAUCCCCACUUCCAUUGGCAAUCUUGGAAAACUGAACCAUCUCCUACUUCAAUACAAUCUGCUAGCAGGCUCCAUCCCCACUGUAAUCAGCAACCUUCGAGAACUGAAACGCCCAGACCUCAGUAAGAAUCGGCUCACAGGCUCAAUCCCUACUGUAAUCUGCAACCUUACAAACCUGCAAUACCUGGGUCUCGGAGAAAAUAAGCUAAGUGGCUCUAUUCCUGCUGGGAUAGGCGAUUUAAUAUUCCUGACAUAUCUAGGCCUUCAACAGAAUCAGCUCACUGGCUCAAUGCCCAGUACAAUUGGCAACCUUGAAAACCUGAAGUACCUUGGUCUAUCUGUGAACCAGUUCACCGGCUCAAUUCCCGCUACAAUCGGCAGCCUUGGAAACCUGCUGUACCUUGGUCUAUCUGUCAACCAGCUCACUGGAUCAAUCCCUGCUGCAAUCAGCAACCUAAAAGAGCUGUCAAAACUGUUGUUGCAUCAGAACGAGCUGGAGGGAGACAUACCAGAAAGCAUUUUCACGUUUGAGUCCCUGCGGUGGCUGAUGCUCGGCACAAACAAACUCACAGGACCUAUUUCGUCAGCAAUCGGCAAACUGUCCAAGCUUAACAGACUGGACCUCCAACGUAACUCACUCACCGGAAUGAUUCCGGAUACGAUUGGCAAACUGUCUAAUGCACUAUAUCUGUCACUCGCUUACAACCAGCUACAUGGAAGCAUACCCACAACACUUGACCAAAUGAAACGUAAACUCUAUUGUGAUCUCUCUCACAACUUCCUCACAGGCCCACUUGUGAGACUUCCAAUGUCCAGAUUUGACGUUUCCAGCAACUAUUUGACUGGUGGCCUGACUACCUCAGAAUGCCUAAGCCGCACUACCUCUGCCAAUUGCUUCACACUGCCCAAGAGCUGUAACUCCACGAUGCAGCGGCCCGCGGCAGAGUGCGAGGCAUUCUGCAACGUCUCCAGCUCUACUGGUGCUUGCAGUGGCCGCGGCAUGUGCUAUCCGAACGGACCCAGCUUGGUGCCAACGUGCAUGUGUCAACCGGGACUCAUGCAGAUUGGAAGAACGGGCUGCGCCGUAGAAGGUUGGAACCAAAGUCUGUCAAUCAGCAGCAGCAUUCUCCCUCGAUACACGUUGCUCACCAAGGGGACGCAGAGGGAGACAGCGGGGAGCCUCAUGAAACAGCCAGUAACUCUAUUCGCUAACCCGCUUGGUCCAAGAGCGCAGUUGGAACUGGCUUUCAGUGUUAACUUCACCUUCUCCCUUGUUCCCCAGUCUGGUACCACUGGAUCCAAUGGCUUUGCGUUUGUAAUCACGGCAAAGUCCAAGUUGGGGAAGCUCGAUCAUGAUGGUGUAGGGUAUGGUGGCGUGGGAACUGAGAGCAUAGCCAUUGUAUUCGACACGCUUCAGAGCAUCAAGCAAAGUGAUCAAAGCGGGCAGCAUGUGGGGUUGAGUGUCAAUGGCACAGAAGAAUCCUUGGUCGAGGUGGAGUCACCUUUCACACUGACCGACAGCAGGACAUACACGGCAUGGGUGGACUAUGAGCCUGGGAAUCCUGGAAGCAUUCAGGUUUUCCUGUCUGACUUGAAUGUGAAGCCAGGGUUGCCGCUGUUGCAGAAGGAGCUGGCGCUGCGUGGAGUGCUGCAGGCUGGUGGGAAGCAGCAGGCAUUCUUCUUUGGCUUCGUGGCGUCCACCACUGUGUCGCCGUUCCAGAAGCAUGUCAUUCUCUCCUCUUCCGUGCAAACAGGCCUUCUUCCACCCAAGUCCGACCAGAUGGACAAAAGAGCCCUUGGCCUCACAUUGUCGCAGGCCACUUACGCCCCAUCUGAAGCCAGCCCCUUCUCUCGAUAUGUGAGCGCGGCCUACAGUCUGGAAUUCGGCAAAGACAAGUGGAAUUUCGGCGAUUCGCACACCUGGGACGUGGACGACCUCAAGUGGCCUGUUAAGAAUCAAGAAGACUGCAGUGCUUGCUGGGCGUAUGCAGUGGUGGCGAGUGUGGAGGCAGCAUACGGCAUUGCAACAAAAAAGCCUGCUCCCCAGCUGUCAGUGGAGUCACUCUUUGCAGCCAUGGGGCUGACGACCAAAGAGAAGAAAUGCACAGGAGGCUCCCCAACUGAGGCCUUUGAGAAGCUGGUCACUCUUAAUGGAAGCAGCGGUCUGACCGAGAACAAUGAUCAGACAACAAGGUAUCCAGUGCAUGCAUUUGAGCGUGCACAGUUCAGGGGGUAUGUGGGGCUCUUGCUGGCAGUGAAGCGCCAGCCAGUGGUGGUUCACAUCGAGUCUGCAAUCUCGUUCUAUAAAUAUGAUGGGACGUUUAGAUACCAGGAUGCUGAAUGCUACACUGGCAAUCUGAACCAUGUUGUACUCGUUAUUGGGUACAACAUUCUAGACGACGAUGGCCGCAGCGCUCCUCCAUUCUGGAUCAUCCGCAACUCGUGGGGAGUGGGGUGGGGUGACAAGGGCCACAUGCGCAUGUACAUUGAGGGAGGGGAUGGCGUGUGUGGCAUCAAUGUGCUGCCUGGCAUCUACCCCAUUGUCAAAAUUCAGGGAGACCCCUGCGGCAGUAAGAGCUACAAGUUUGAUUCGGAUAAGCAGCCCACCAUGAAUCCGUGCGGCCGCUUCGAAUGUCAGGCGACUUCAAAUACCGGCAACACAUGCGACUGCAACCUUCCUGGAGUUUUCCUGCAGCCUUUUGUUAAGGCUGGGAAUGGACACGGCUCCAACACAUGUGCUUAUGUGGACGUGUGUGGGUCGUACUUCAAGAACCCUUGCUCGGUGGGGGCAUGCAUGAAUGAUGGCAAGGGCUCCUACUCCUGCAUAUGCCCUCCCAGCUAUGUUGAGAGCGAAGAUGUUUACGGCUUCCCCACCUGCGAUGCAGCUAAUGUCACAGCCACUACCAUGAGAGUCAGUGGAGACAAUUGGUGGUGUUCGGAUAUUUAUCCACUUGUCGGAAUCUCAUUGGAUCAAUUCACUCGCCAAAAUAUGGCCAUAAACUGCAACAAACCUCUCGUUAAAGGGAUAGUACUUCAGCUGAAUGGUAUUCCCACCACACCUUGCACUGCCUUCUACUAUACCCUCAAGGGGGACACCUGUUCAUCCAUCAGCAAGCAGGUCAUGUCUACCAAAGAAAGUCUUGCCGCUCUUAACCCCGGACUUGACUGCAAAAAGUCCAUGGAGGCAGGACGCUCGGUGUGCCUGGAGCGCAAUCUUGAUUUUGCCUACCAAGUCCCUGAGUGUGUGCAAUACGGCAUGCUGACACCGCAAGCCACGUGUGAAAAGCUGCUUGAGAAGGCUGACCCUGCUUCGCCAGGGAGUGUCAGCGUAGGAAAUUGGGUGCAGCUGUACCGUGACAAUCCUGGCCUCAAAUGCAAGAGCAGCGUUCCCUCAAGUGUCUCCAUUUCCGGCAGCAAUAUUGGCGUGCAGAUUUGCCUCAGGGCUAUCUAUUGGUCAUUCAAAUUGGCCAGGUGCAAGAAGGGCAAACCCAGGGCUGUCGCAAAAUCAAUGAAGUGUUCAGAGGCUUACCGCUUUUACGGUGGAGCUACAGCUGCAUCGAUUAUGAAGUUCAACUACUACAACGGCGGGUCUUGUGCCGAAACUGUAGGAACCAACUUUAUUUGUCUGCCAUAAUGUGUUUAGCCGACUCCUAGAGGUGUGUAGAUUCCAAUGUAUCGGUUAAACAGGUGGAGAAACCAAUUUGGGCAAAUGGAUAGUAAUGAUGAUGAUUUUGUAUGAGAUGCAACACUCGAGUCGGGGUUCUGCAUUUGGGGGCAAACUGUAUUCUAUGAGAUUUGUAUUGUUGUAUUGCUAAUCAUUUGUACUAC